CAAACGCGGCAUAGCAAACGCUAACGUAGAAGUUAAAACCAGAACAACCUCGCUAAGUACUCUCUCUCUCUCUCUCUCUCUCUCCCCGGUGUCUUGUCUAAUCCUGUUGCUCAAAUCUUUGUCUUCCAGCUCGGCCCGAGCUGACUCAGUUCAACUCAAUAAAAAUGAGUCAGGAAUCGUUCAUUUACAGCUUCGUCGCCAGAGGCACCAUGAUUUUGGCCGAGUACACCGAGUUCACCGGGAACUUCCCGGCGAUUGCAGCUCAGUGUCUUCAGAGAUUGCCUUCUUCUAAUGACAAGUUUACCUACAAUUGUGACCACCACACCUUCAAUUUUCUCGUUGAGGACGGUUAUGCAUAUUGUGUUGUCGCAAAAGAAUCUGUUAGCAAACAGAUUUCUAUUGCUUUUUUGGAACGCAUGAAAGCAGACUUCAAGAAAAGAUAUGGGGGUGGUAAAGCGGACACAGCUAUUGCCAAGAGUCUCAACAAGGAGUUUGGGCCAAUUAUGAAAGAGCACAUGAAAUAUAUUAUUGAUCAUGCUGAAGAAAUUGAGAAACUAUUAAAAGUGAAGGCUCAAGUUUCAGAAGUUAAAAGUAUAAUGUUAGGGAAUAUUGACAAGGUAAUUGAUAGGGGUGAGACCAUAACAACUCUUGCUGACAAAACUGAGAAUUUACGUGAUCAGGCCCAAGCAUACAAGAAACAGGGGACACAGAUCCGACGGAAAAUGUGGUAUCAGAACAUGAAGAUUAAGUUGGUUGUUCUCGGAAUCAUGUUACUUCUGGUUCUCAUAAUCUGGCUUUCCAUUUGCCAUGGAUUUGAUUGCACGAACUAGUAAUUCCUCAGCAUAUACAGAUCUCAGGUGCACUCAUAUACAAGAAAGUCACACAACAAUUUGUGUUCAACAGGGGGAAGUUUUGGUUCUGUCAAAGUUGUUUCUUACCUUCUUAACGAACCAGCAUCAGGAAGUUUGAGAACUGUCUGGUGAGGGGGAGCUGUCUUAUGUGCUGUACUGUCUGCAUCAAAUAUUACAGGGAAUUCGUUUCAUCUUUAUUUUCUUUUUUGCCCUUAAUUUCAUAUAGGAAUAAAAUUUGAUUAAGCAA